UAACCCCCUUUUUUAAAAUUUAUGUGACUCAAAGCAAAUUUUUUGUGACAAUUCAAGGUGAGAGAACAUUUUAUAUAAUCUGACAUUAGAUGUUAGUAGUUCUCUGUUUUGCAAAAGUAAUAAAUUUAAAAAGUACUAUCAUAUCGUGCUAGUUUACCAAGACAAGUUUCCAAACGCUUAUAUAGAUGAGUAAAAAGAGAUAUUUUGAAGGCGGCGCUGCCACACACGACGCCCGAGCCGCGGAUGUCCGACGUCGUGAUACCAGUAGACCUGUUGGUACGAUCGCAACAUCACAUUUUAAUAAUUUCCUAUGGCCUAAAAUUGACAAUGUAACUGUUCGUGCUAUUUUGUAGUGAUUGAAGAAUAUCAAUAAUUCGACUAUAAGGAAGUGUCCAGAUAUACAGUAAAAGGACGUCUCGGAGUCCUUUCGUAAAUAAUGAUGACAGAAGAUAACGGCAAUAUAAUGGCGGGGCAACUGAAACCGACUUCGAGUAGCAACGAGGAUCUUAGUGAAUAUACCGAUGCUGACGAGAGUAUUUCAGCGCCAACGGAAAUACUUGCAGAAUUUUUGUCUGCUGUUAUGCUCAAAGAUUAUGAAACAGCUCUGAAAUAUUGCAAAUUAAUUCUUCAAUACGAACCAAACAAUAGUACAGCAAAAGAAUUCUACCCACUCAUCAUUGAAAAGCUUCAAAUGAUGAAUAAAGAAGACAUUGAUAGCAAUAAUGAUAGCGAAGAAGAGGGAGGCAGCGAAGAUAGCAGCAGUUCAAGUGAUUCAGAGAAUACGACAUCCGAAGACAGUAGUGAUGGUCAAGAAGAAGAAGAGGAGGAGGAAGAAGAGGAGGGUAUCGAAUCUGGUCAGGCAGGCGAAGAUAAACGGUCUAAAGGAUCUUCCGAAGGAGAUGGAACAACGGGAAGUUAUUCCAGUCUAGAAGAUGAUGAGGCUGAUCCUGUGGACCAGUUGGCAGCUUUGGCAGCACGAUAUCAAAUCGAUAACGUCAAUCUGGGUAAUGGAAACAAAAUAUACAAUACCAAUCUAUCGACCACAUUGGGAUUCCAGAACAAAAUGGCAUUAUUCAAUUCAAAAAUGAAGAUGUCGGCGGCUAACGCGAAUACAACUCAAGAAAAUCAACUUCCGUUUGGAACGAGCUCCGAUUCAGAAUCCCCCACAGAGCCAGUCACCCAACAAACGGUCGCCUUGCUCAGGGCAAGAGUAGUGCCAAGCAACAUAUAAAUUUAAUUUUACAAGUUUUAGAAUGAAUCUUGUAGGUCCUCACCUAUACCAUUCUGUCCAUUCAGUGAAAUUUCAUGUUAAAUUUUUGAAAAAUUUAUAAAAAAAAUUGUUGAUUUGUCGUACUUUUCGAAUACUUUAACCGGUACAAUUUAAGGAUAUCAGAAAAACUAUGAACUUAUAAUUAGUUUUUUGCUAUUUAUCAGUAGCAAAUAGAACUUACUUGCUUUGAAAUGCAUCGUUUUAUCGAAUCUUUUUAGAAAAAAUAUGAAUAAAAGAGUAGGUAGAGCCGAGGUCACCCUUAAAGAUGUGAGUCUAUUCUUCUUAUUUGUUGUCCUAUUUUUCAAUUCUAAACACGCUAAACAUUUUUUCCUUUAAACAAGAAUGUUUAGUCGAAAACUCCUCCCUAGUAUUUCGGAAAACAUUAUCGAGUCAUGACUAGGAUGCUACUGUAUUCCCUUUUUCAAAUUCAUCCUUAUCAGCAAGUUGGGUUAUACAGGGUGAGUUUGGAGGAGCGCAUCAAACUCUAGGAGUGUAUUAUACACGUAAAAUAAUGUGAAAAAACUUAUAUGUUCUUAUCCGAUUUUCAUUUAUAGCAUAUUAACAAAAAACACAUUAUCUUAUAAAAAUUUUCUUAAUCAUAGCGUUCUUUCAAUAAAUGUUCAAAAAUACCGUCAUUGACUUCUAAACAUUUUCUGCUCCGUCUACGAAGAGCAUUUGUUGCUCUCCCAAUUGAUUCAUUUCUUUCUUCUUUAAUAUGGGCUGCAGUAUUCACAAUUCGUCUAAUUAGUGCAUCCUGUGUGUCCACUUUUAUUUUGUAGACUUCAUUUCUCAUCCAGCCCCAUAAACAAAAAUCUAGUGGUGUGAGGUCUGGAGAUCUUGCAGGCCGAUUAAUGGGACCUCCACGAUCAAUCCAACGCCCUGGAAAACGUUCUUCCAAAUGUUCCUUGACCUAACGAGCGACAUGUGCUGAUAGUACAUUUGCAUUCUAAUAUUUACAGGAAUAUCCUCCAGUAGGCUUUGUAAUUCAUUUUGUAAAAAAUUUAGGUAGUUGUCUCCUGUGAGACGAUUCUCCAAAAUGAAAGGGCCAAUUAAAUAACUGUCAACCAUACCACACCACACGUUUACAGAAAACCGAUGUUGACAAUUACUUUCGACUGUUGCCUAGGGAUUUUCGUCCGACCAUACAAGAUAGUUACGAGUAUUAUUAAUGCCAUCACGGGUAAAUGUAGCUUCAUCCGUAAAGAGUAUACUCGUUACAACACGAUAAUUAUUAUUUAUCCACUGACAAAACUCCAUACUGUUAGUGUAAUCCUCUGGUUGUAAGUGCUGUACUCUCUGUACGUGAUAAGGAUAUAAGCUUUGUUCGUGGAGUGUGUUUAUCACCCUUUUUUGUGGAAUUACCAAUUGAGUGGCAAUUCUCUGUGAGCUAAUAGCUGCAUCUUCUACUAGAUGCAGAAUAUUUUUUACUUCUAUCAAACCUUGUAGAGUAGCGACCCUAAUAAAUACGUUUUUAUCAGGAUAUCUUUGGUGUGGAAAACGUUAACGAUAUUCUUCAGCAGCAGCUGUAGCAUUUUCAUUACAGAAACCAUAAAAAAACACCAUAUUUGCAUAUUCUAAAUUUGAAUAAGUAUCUGGCAUUUUGCUACACCAACAAUCACAUAAAUUCGAAAUUAAACCUUCACUGUACACUGACAGUUCAUCGAAACUCAAAUGCCUUUGAGCCUCGAACAUGGCAUACUUUGAUAAUGCUAAAAUUCAGAUAUAAGUGGAAAGCUAGAUGAACAUUUUUAAUUACUCCAUAACUUCUGAUAAGAACAUAUGAGUUUUUUUACAUUAUUUUCACGUGUAUAAUACACUCCUAACUCACCCUGUAUAAAUAAAAAAUUCAGAAAGUUAACAAUGAACGAAAUCAGACGAAGUUAAAUAUGCUGCUUCUCUUAUGCCAAUCUAUUUAUUCGGUGAUAUCGUUUAACUUUUGUCGGACGAUAAGAAAAGAUGGAACAAUACCCUGUUGAACACAUCUCAGUACCUCCUGCAAAAAUACAUCACAUUGUGCAUUUAUUUGAGUUUCUAUAACAUGAGUUAUGAAAAGAUGAAUAUAUUCUUUAAAUAAAGAAUGCUUACUCAAA